AUGUCCUUCCGCAAGCGCAAUGUAGGCCUCUCAGGCUCUACGAGAUCCGAAGGAUCUGCAGUACAAUCCAGCGCGAAAGACCGAGUUCAUCUGCCUGGCGUACGGCCUUCACCAGUGGACGGACGGCCGACAACUUCUACUGGCACCGCCAGCCUUGACGCCCUCCUCGCAGGACAUUCUGGCCUCGCUCUCGGGAGCACGAUCCUGAUCGAAGAAAGUGGAACGACCGACUACGCGGGUGCUCUCUUAAGAUUCUACGCCGCAGAGGGUCUUCUCCAGGGUCACCAUGUCCACGUCGUGGCGCUCCCUGAGCAGUGGGGUCGCGAACUUCCAGGCGCUGUCGGCGAGAGCGAGAAAAAAGAGACACCCGCUGAAACAGAGAAGAUGAAGAUUGCGUGGAGAUACGAGAGCCUGGGGCAAUUUGGUGCAGGCGCACCCGCAAGAGGUGGGCAUGUUCAUCCCCGUAGCCUAGCUAGAAUCAAUGCUAUUUUCUCUGAGAUUCCUGUUCAGUUUCUCUGCUUCGCAUUGGCACUGACAUCUUCUUUCUUCCCCCCAACAGAACGUCUUCAGCCAACUGCAGGACAACCAGGUCUAGACGGGCUAUCAGCCCAGGGACCACCUGCUUCUUUUUGCCAUACAUUCGACUUGACGAAGAGACUUGUUCAUCCUGCCUCGUCCAAGUUGGAUUUCAUUCAAUUGGGCAGUAACCCGACACACUCGCCCUUCGCACCUGUUCUCGACCGGCUGAAUGCCUCUGUCAUGAAUUCCGCACCGGAAACAGUCCACCGCAUCGUCAUUCCAUCCCUUCUUUCACCAGCGCUUUAUCCCCCUUGGUCGAGUCAACCACAGAACAUCCUCCAAUUCCUGCAUAGUCUUCGUGCUCUCUUCGCGGCACAUCCUGGCCGGCUGACGGCGGUCAUGUCACUUCCACUGUCACUAUAUCCACGUUCUUCCGGGCUCGUUCGUUGGAUCGAGCUGUUGAACGACGGCGUCUUUGAACUGUCCCCGUUUCCGCAUUCGGCGGAGGGAGAUGCGACACCUGCUCGAGGUCCCUCUGGUGUAGCUGAAGAGCCCCCUCAGGGUUUGUUGCAAGUACAUCGGCUUCCGAUGCUCCAUGACCGUGGGAGCGGACUUGGCACGUUUGAGAGCGACUGGACCUUUACGUUGAGCCGGAGAAAGUUCACAAUCAAGCCGUUCAACCUGCCCCCUGUCGAGGGUGAUACAGGCGCUCAACAGGCAGCGGGCCAGGAGCAGACAGGGAAGAAGGCCGAUAUGGAAUUCUAG